AAUUCAGAAUGUCAGAAAACGUGUGAAGGUGGGAGAAUUUUAAUUUUCCUUGAAUUUCCAAUUUUCAUUUUUUGUUUGAAUUUGUGCUGUGAAUAAUUUUCUAAAAAAUCGUAAAGACCUCCUGAUAUGAUGCAUUCUGCUAAAUCAGUGCGAAUCACACAAUUAAUAUCUAAAUUAUCUAGACAUCAUAUGAACAGAAAUGUAAAAAAUUCAUGCAGUAAUGAUAUCCUAACCUUAACUUCUAGUGGAUCAAAAACCGUACCUACUAGUUUCAGAGGAUUGCUGUAUGCUAAUACUUCCCACAGAAUAUUACCAAAAAAAUUGAUCAAUUCAAGAUCUAUAUCUAGUGCUAGGUAUUAUGCAACUAAGAGUACUGAUGGUUCUGAUGAUGAUAUUCAUCCACCUACUGGAGAAGAAUCUUUCUCUCCUCAGCUGCCAGCUACUGUUGCAGUUCCUGAAGUUUGGCCACAUGUUCCUGUAAUUGCUAUUAAUAAAAACAUAGUUUUCCCAAGGUUCAUAAAGCUGAUAGAACUUACCAAUCCCCAACUUAUUGAACUUAUAAGGAGAAAAGUCAAACUAAAUCAACCCUAUUGUGGAAUAUUCCUUAAAAAACAAGAGGAUAAUGAGUCUGAAGUUGUGAAUAAUAUAAAUGAUGUGUAUAAUGUUGGGGUAUUUGCUCAAAUUCAUGAAAUGCAAGAUCUAGGAGACCGCUUGAGAUUGGUAGUGAUGGCACACAGGAGAAUACAAAUUACUGGACAAAUAUUGGAUACUAUUGAUGAUGGUCCCCAAGCAAUGAAACUAACAUUUCCAUUAUUCAAAACAACAUUGCACAUAUUUCCAGAGGAUUCAGAAAAUGAAAAACCUAGACGUAAAAUGAGAAAUAGUAGGAUAAAGAAAAAUGUGCCUGAAUCUCCCCCUUUGGAAGAAUCUAAGGAAAAACCUAAAACACAAUUGAAAGAAGGCCUUCUUAUGGCAGAAGUUGAAAAUCUCAUCCACAACAAAUUCAGGCAAACUGAAGAAGUGAAAGCUCUUACACAAGAAGUCAUCAAAACAAUAAGAGACAUUAUAAGUUUGAAUCCUUUGUACAGAGAUAGUUUGCAACAGAUGAUGCACCAAGGACAGAGAGUUGUAGAUAAUCCUGUGUAUUUAAGUGACUUAGGGGCUGCUUUGACUGCAGCUGAAAGUAAAGAACUUCAAGAAGUUUUAGAGGAAAUGGAUAUUCCAAAGAGACUUAUGCUGUCCUUGUCUUUACUGAAAAAAGAGUAUGAACUUUCCAAAUUGCAACAAAAAAUUGGAAGAGAAGUGGAGGAGAAAGUUAAACAACAUCAUAGGAAAUACAUUCUUCAAGAGCAAUUGAAGGUUAUCAAGAAGGAAUUGGGUUUAGAAAAGGAAGACAAAGAUGCCAUUGGUGACAAAUUCAGAGAAAGAAUCAAAGACAAAAUUCUGCCACAAGCUGUCUCAGCUGUAAUUGAUGAAGAGCUCAAUAAGUUGGGCUUCCUGGAAGGCCACAGCUCUGAAUUCAACGUCACGAGAAAUUAUCUCGACUGGUUGACGUCGCUUCCAUGGGGUGUGCAAAGCGAAGAGAACCUGAACUUGCAAAGGGCCGGUGAAAUUCUGGACCAGGACCAUUACGGCAUGGAGGACAUAAAACGUCGGAUUUUGGAGUUCAUCGCCGUCAGCCAGCUGAAGGGUAGCACGCAGGGCAAAAUAUUGUGUUUCCAUGGUCCGCCCGGAGUGGGAAAAACCAGUAUCGCACGAUCUAUCGCGAGGGCGCUGAACAGAGAGUAUUUCAGAUUCUCUGUAGGCGGUAUGACGGACGUGGCAGAGAUCAAAGGUCACCGGAGAACGUACGUGGGGGCGAUGCCCGGAAAAGUGAUUCAGUGUCUGAAAAAGACGAGGACGGAAAACCCGUUGAUACUCAUCGAUGAAGUGGACAAAAUAGGAAAGGGCUAUUCGGGCGAUCCGAGCUCCGCUCUCCUGGAACUGCUCGACCCAGAGCAGAACGCCAACUUCCUCGACCACUAUCUCGACGUGCCCGUCGACCUCUCCAAAGUACUCUUCAUCUGCACCGCGAACAUAGUGGAAACCAUACCGGAACCGUUGAGAGACCGCAUGGAGAUGAUCGACAUGUCGGGUUACGUGGCCGAAGAAAAACUGGCCAUCGCCAAGCAGUAUCUGCUGCCGCAGGCGAUGAAAGACAGCGGUCUGAAGGACGACACGAUCCAGGUCGAGGACGAGGCUCUGACUAGCCUCAUCAAGAGCUAUUGCAGGGAGAGUGGGGUUAGGAACUUGCAGAAACACAUCGAGAAGGUUGUGCGCAAAGUGGCUUAUAAAGUGGUCAAAGAUGAGACAUCCUUCGUGCAAGUGGAUGGAAAGAAUUUACAAGAAUUUGUUGGGAAACCAGUUUUCACUCACGACAGGAUGUAUCCGUUAACUCCACCUGGGGUGGUUAUGGGAUUAGCUUGGACUGCAAUGGGUGGGUCCACUCUGUACAUCGAGACUACCACUCGUCGGUUGCCCUCGGAAAAGGACACGGAAGGUUCUCUGGAACUUACAGGGCAUCUGGGGGAGGUGAUGAAAGAAUCUGCCAAAAUAGCACUGACGGUUGCAAGGAAUUUCUUGAACAAACAUGAUCCUUCAAACAACUUUUUAUUCACAAAUCAUUUACAUCUGCACGUUCCAGAAGGUGCCACCCCCAAAGAUGGACCUAGUGCGGGUUGUACGAUCGUGACCGCUUUAUUGUCCUUGGCGAAAAGUCAGUCGAUCAGGCAAGAUGUCGCGAUGACAGGAGAGAUCUCCCUGAUGGGGAAAGUCCUUCCGGUGGGAGGGAUCAAAGAGAAAACGAUAGCUGCAAAGCGAUCUGGAGUCAAAUGCAUAAUUCUACCUGAUGAAAACAAGAAAGACUUCGACGACUUACCGAAAUUCAUAACGGAAGGUUUGGAAGUUCACUUUGUAUCAAAUUUUGAGGAAAUUUAUAACAUUGUUUUCAAUACGACGGAGCCGAAGUUGAGCGUUUAAUUCAUGUUCCGAUGUAUGAAUCAUUAUAUUGUGUUGAAGAAGUUGAUAAGUGUGUUGUUAUUGUUGUAAACUUAAGACUUUUUCAUCAAGAUUCUCUUGUUCUUUUUUAUUUAUAUUUUUAAUAAAAUGAUAAAUUAUGAAAAAUAUUGAUAUAUCAUUUACAAUAAGAA